GGAUCUAUUGGGUAAGGGAGCUGCCAGCGUGACGGGGAGUCAGAUUUCCUCCUUUACCUAGGCAAUUACAGCAAAACAUUUCGAGAAUUUCUCCGAGACGGCUGCGGAGGGAGGAUCGGUCGGUCCGGGUGGCUCGCUGGGAAAACCUCCGCCUCGUUCGGAGCGCUGAAAAGAGAGGGCGAGGCAGCCUUUGCACGCUUUCCCUUUAACGCGGCCUCAGCCAGUUCUCUCAUUGUCCUUGAAGACAUUCCGGAAGCUGCAUAUUGAUCUUUCAUUCACUGCCAAGCUCUGUGGAAUCAAGUUAUGUCAACAGCUGCUUUAAUUAAUUUGGUUAGAAAUGGAGGUUAUCAAGUGAGAAGGAGAGCGCUGCUGACAUCCCGCCUCUUGCAAGACGACAAAUGCUUGACUGCCGUGUGCCAGAGCUCCACCACAGAACGCAGGGCUUCCCGCUUUGAUCCAGACGGCAGUGGGCGUCCAGCCACAUGGGACAGCUUUGGGAUCUGGGACAAUCGCAUUGAUGAGCCCAUACUCCUCCCACCCAGCAUAAAGUAUGGGAAGCCGAUUCCCAAAAUCAGUCUGGCCAAGGUGGGCUGCGCAAGCCAGAUUGGAAAGCGGAAGGAAAAUGAGGACCGGUUUGAUUAUGCUCAGCUGACAGAUGAUGUCCUGUAUUUUGCAGUGUAUGAUGGGCAUGGCGGAGCUGCUGCAGCUGAUUUCUGUGCUAAGUACAUGGAAGAGUACAUUCAAGAAUUCCUUUCUCAGGAGAAGAAUUUGGAAACCGUGUUGACCAAAGCUUUUCUAGAAAUAGACAAAGCAUUUGCGAGGCAUGCUCACUUAUCUGUUGAUGCGACCCUGCUGAACGCUGGGACCACUGCAACAGUGGCCCUGCUGCGAGAUGGUAUUGAACUGGUUGUGGCCAGUGUUGGGGACAGUCGUGCACUGUUGUGUCGAAAGGGAAAGGCCAUAAAACUCACCAUUGAUCAUACUCCAGAAAGGAAGGACGAGAAGGAAAGGAUAAAGAAAUGUGGUGGCUUUAUAGCCUGGAACAGUCUGGGGCAGCCCCAUGUGAAUGGUAGACUUGCAAUGACGCGGAGUAUAGGCGAUUUGGAUCUUAAAAACAGUGGAGUGACAGCAGAUCCAGAAACUAAAAGGGUUCAGUUGCAUCAUGCAAGUGAUAGCUUCCUGGUCCUUACUACAGAUGGCAUUAACUUCAUGGUGAACAGUCAAGAGAUAUGUGACUUUAUUAACCAGUGCCAUGAUCCCCCUGAAGCAGCCCAUGUUGUGACUGAGCAGGCUAUACAGUAUGGUACUGAAGACAACAGCACUGCUGUCAUAGUACCAUUUGGCGCAUGGGGAAAAUACAAAAACUCUGAGGUCAACUUCUCAUUCAGCCGCAGCUUUGCCUCAAGCGGAAGGUGGGCGUGAGGACCUGCUGGAAUCAGAUUUUCUGUGCAAUAACCUGUAUGCCGCAUGCUACAGGAGAACACAUCUUGCCCAUUUAUUUUUCUCCCAAUAUUGUAGAAAAUAGUAAGCUUACUGCUUUCUGGGUAACAAACCCUCAUCACGUACAUGUCCCAUUUUAAUUGAUUUCAGAUUUUAGGCAGGUGUUCAUUUUACUGACUUUGUUUUGAAUCCCGGAAGAUGAUGGGUAGUCCUGUGCAGAUGGACUAGGUGCAGGGCAGUAUUCAAUACAUGUUUUGUUCUGACUGAUUUAUCUAGUCCUCUGUGAAAGAUUGAUACGUUGGAUAGACUGAGCCCUGUGCUGCCCUCUGUGCACAACACCCAGGGGAGGGGAGCAAACGUAAUCACGAGGAGACGAAAGGUGCCUGUUUUGUCUUCCACUGUGUCACAGCCACCAAGAAGUCCCUCAGUGCUUCAGGAGAAGCAUGUGAAAAAUAGUGGCAUGGCUAGAGAGGAUUCAGGAAGAGGCUAUUCUAUGCAGCAAGUCCCUGUGACACAAUAGUGUAAAUUUAGCUCAAAAUUCCUGUGUAAAUUAAUGCUGCUAAGCAGAAUACCUUGACCUCCACACUCUGCAAGUCAAAGUAUGUGUGCAGGCCAGGAGCCAAAGAUGCGUGGCAUCCAAGGCAGAUACCCUGCCACUGGGGGCAAAGGGGAUUCUCUACAAUGGCCUGGAGUCUGUGAGGUCUCUGCUGUGCUACAUGUCUGACCAAUGUGUUAUUUGGAGGCCACAUUGCAGUCCUCUGUGCAGACCCCUGGCACAAUUUCACUGAGAGGAACAUGAAGCUGGUCUACAGGGGUGUAAAAAGCUGCAUAUUUUUCAAAUUAAGAGGCACUGUGAACUUGAAUUCCAUUGUUUAAUUAUUUAAUUUCUAACUAUUCCAUUUUCUAGUAGAGGUCCCUGGAAACAGUGCAACAGGAAUGUUUUAAUUCAUUUAAAAAAUGCGUAAGGGCUUUUGUGCUUUCCAGAAAAGCCAAGUGCUAGUUGACCGUGCACAGGAUGCCAUCAAGUGCACAAAGUAAACUGGAAAAAGGGGAGUGUCAUGGGGCACAACACUCACCACUGAACUGAUGCCUCCUCCUGGUCACCCUGGGGAUUAGCUCGAGGUUGACAUCCCCUGUCUGCGGUUUGCACCCCGUCACUCUGUCCCGCUUCUGCUGGCGGUCUCUCCAGGAACUACCAUGUCCUCUUCAUGAAUUGGCCCUCCAGCUAUGUCACUGCCUGUGUUUCCCCCUUCUGGGAGCCAGUACCUCACAGGCCAUUUGUCCCCCCAUUUCCAUCAGUGGCAAAUGUGGGGGACCCAGGCCCGUCUACUACUCCAGGUCCCAACCCAGGGACUCUGUAGUUGGCAGCCACAUGCUGCGUCCCCUCUGACUGUUCAGUACAUUUCCCUGAGCCACUUCCCCGCAGCCCCAGCACCUUCUUCACCUUUACUUCAGGGCCCCUGCUUCUCAGUCCCAACAGCCAGCUAGGAGCUCCCUCACUCCGGUCCCUGUCAGCAGUUGCCCUGUCAAUAGUGCUAAUGCCUCUUUUAGCUAUUAGGAACCCAGUCCUUACCCCUGGAGCUCCAGGCCAUGAUUGCCCAAAUCUGGGCCCCGCAGCUUCUUUUACAUGAGCCCUGCUGAGCCCGGAUUGGUUGCUCCCUGCAACCCCUCAGAUUGGUUGCAGUCCUCGGAGGACUCCCCUCCACUGCUCCCUCCUGGAGUUAACCCCUUUCAUGCCGGUGUGGGAUAGAUACCCCACCACACGAAGAAAUAUACUUUUUUUGUUUUUAACUAACUUUUUGUAGCUUUGGGCAUUGCUUGUAACAACAGUAGCUGCCAGAUUUUCAGACAGAAAUAUGAUUUAUUUUUUUCAAGUUGACAGCAUCUCUUUCUUUUUUCCUCUUCCAUUUUUUUUAAUGUGGAAAGGGGAAUAUGGGAGUCGGUGUCAAAUUAGGCACAAAGGGCCAGAUUCUGUUGACUUCUGUGAACAUCCCCUGUUCAGGCCAGCUAAAGAUCUGUCUGAGAGCACCCAAUUCUGUUCUCACUUAUUCCAUUGUAAAUUAGCUGCACAACUCUCCUGACAUCAACAGAGUUACACUCGUUAGACACCAGUGUAGGUAAAAUCAGAAAGAGAGAAAUUGGAGUCGAGUUCUCAUUAGUUUUGCCAUCAUAUUUUUCACAUUGGACCUGCUUCUGGCAAGAAAGAUUUUAAAAUGAAAUAAAUCACAGGAGGGAAAAUUCUGCUGAGCUGCCUGGUCAAACACUUAUUACAAUGUGAAUCUUGAACCUCUGUUACUUUAACCCUUCCUGUGCCCAGGCUCACACCUUGUACAGCCAUUCCAGAUGUUUCUCUUUGCAUAUAUUUAAAGAUGCAUGAGCAUCCUUUAGGCAACCGUGCUUAAUAUUGUACUGAAGUGCUCUGCAUACAGAAAGUGUCCUGCUUGUCUCAUUACUCAGUGUAUUAUAUGGUGUAAAUAAUAUUUAUAUUGCUUUUAUAAGUAAAGAAUUUGUGAAACAAUAUUUGUAAAUAUAUAUCCAAUGCUAUUGCAUAGCUCACUGGAAUGGGUGUAUAUUAGUGUUUUACAAUUAUAAUCCUUCCCUUCCCCAGCUCCCAUUUCUGAGGAUUUGGAGUAAUAUUUUUGCUUUGGGUUAAGGGUUUGUGUCCGAAGUCCUGGGCCUAGCCCUGCUUCCCCUGAGUUGUCAUUAGUGGGAGUCAGAACAGGUUCUCAGUCUGGACCAAAUUGGUUCCCCAAUAAACUUGUUUGGGUCUGUAUUUGGUGUUCACAAAACACUUCUUCCCUUGAGCAUUUUGGAUGAACUGGCUCCGCUGAAGUGAGUGGGAGUUUUGUCAUUGCCUUCAGUGGGGCCAUUUUUCCACUCUGCGUCUCUUUGUGCACUUCUGGGACUCAGCGGUUUAUUUCAUCACUUUAAACGUGUAGGCCUGAGAGCAAGACUUUCAAAGUGGCUAUUGCAUGUACAGAGAAACUAACCACAGGACUCCUGCUAAAGUAGUUUGAUGCGUACCAUAGAUCCAUAAAACACAGAUAGGCCCCAUCUUUCUAUGGGUACUACAAUAGCUUCAACUCAUAGUGUAUGUUCUGAGGGCUGCUUUGUGAAUGCGUGCCACUAAUAAUAAAGUGGUGAGAAGAGAACAAAGUGCUGCAGUGUGCAGUACUACGAGUCUUUCUCCUGUGACAACUGUAGCCUUGGUAACGAUACAAAUCCAAUGAUUUCCACCUAAUCCCUAACGAAUGUUUGACCACAAGACAAAACCAUCCUUGCCUUGGUACAAGUAGCAGUUUGUUUUCAGGUGAGGCCUGGGAGUGGAGCAGCUGGCGGUAGGCAACAAAUGAUAGAUGUGCAUUAGCAGAAUUGUAUGGGAACAGUUUUGCAGAAGGUCCAUCAACAUUUUGCCUCACUCCAGUGCUUAAUCCCUCCCUUUCAUGUAGUCCAUUAGCCACGUAUCCAGUCUGAAGGCACCUCAGAGACGUAGGCUUUUAGUAGCACAUGUUCCAAUUUAUUUAGUUCUGGUUUUUGUUAGUUUUUUCAAUGUGCUCAAAUUGGAGUAGUGUUUGCUACUUUCUGAGCUGCACCCCCUAUCGAGUGGCUGGUGGGUAAUGAAUAAUACUGUACAUAGAGCGUCUUUGUGCCAGUUAAUAGGCCGAGUAACUCAAAGAGUGGCUUGAAGAUGGGGAUUAAGUAUGAUCCAUAACAAUAUUUGAACUGGAAUGUGAGUUUAGGUUCCUUAGGGUUUUGCUGCAUCACUGUCCUAGUUUUAUAGCAAAUUGGAGAUUUUUGAGUCUAUUGGCUGGCUGUCCUCAUAGAGAAAGAAUUCAUUAAUAAUUUCCUAUCAUGUUAGGAAGGAGAUAGCCAAGAAAGGGACAUGAUAAAGCUCUACAAAAUGUGUGGUGUAGAGGGGCUCCCAUUAACCUUUCUCACCAUGUCUCAAAGGGACAUUCAGAGGCACCACAUUUAAAACUGAUAGAAGGAAAUACUUUUUAACACCACGUACAAUCUGUGGAACACCUUGUCACUAGAUAUCAUUGAGCCCAUGGGGGUUACUGGAUUUAGGGCAUAUACCACCUCCUGUGAGUGAGCGGCGGGGGGGAGGGGGAGUUAGGAAAAGCUUUUCUUACUCCAUAACUAUCCACUGUGGAGUUUUUUGCUUCUUCCCGUGAAGUGUACAGCUACUAUAGGAGUCAAGAUACUGGCUGACUGUCCCAUUGAUCUGAUCUGGUAUGGCAAUGCCUAGCUCCAUAGUAAAGACCAGAGCUGUGGCAUUUCCAUAUAGGAUUGUAGCCUUUCAUGUGGUUCUAAUGUGGGUAGUGUACUCAGUACCUCAUUGAUCACAUGCUAGAAAAAUACAUUAUGUUGCAUUGUUUGUAGAAGACAUCCUGCUUCUCAGGGCUCUUCUUCCUUACACAAUCAUAGUUACUUGCCCCUCUUCAGAGCCACAAUCACACUUUUCCCCCGCCACAGUCCAGUCAGUGGAAUUAAAGGCAUUUGUGACAGGGCCUGUUUUUCUCCAAUGAGUCAGGCACUACAGGUGUUGCUGGGGUCUUGAGUUUGCGUUUUGGCGUUAGACACUGAGUGAGGAAAGAGUAAAAUAAAACCACUCCUUUGCCUUUCAGGGUUGUGGCUAUUUAUGUACCGUUCAGAAUUUGGACUUUGAGAACUAGUUAAUGAGUUGAACGCAGCAAAUGUUUAUUAAUUGAAUAUCAUUGUUUGGGCAUUGAAGGUGAAUUUGGUGGCUUAGAGCCUGUCAGAGAGAAGGAAGAGGUGCAUUCUGAUAGUGUACAGGGAUCAAAUUAACAGUCUCCUGCUAGCUUUUAGCCAGCUCUCUGCCUGGUAUGCAAGUCAGACUCAAGUGUUUCUCUACGUCAAAGAAUCAUUUUAAAACAAUAAAUUCUAGUCUGUCAGCCUCCUGCUGUCUCUGGCAGCUCCUAACAUGUACAAGAGAAACCGGUCUUAAGCCCCAAGGGACCAGCAAAAAUCUGUGGCCUAACAGAAAGGAUCUUUUAAAAUGUAGCAACAAAAUUGAUCUGAAAAUGGGUGCUGCUCUAGUUACAGUGGCCUUUUAUGACAGCAGUUGCCUAUUGUAAGAGGCUUUUAGUGCUGCACUAAUUCUAUAUACCUGAACGUUUUGUGAACUGAAUUAAAUGGAAUCUCUGGUUUUUUACCCCAUAUGCAUCUAUUAUAUCAAUGGACAGGAUGUUGCUUUUGUAUUGCAAACUAAACUGUAUCUUACAGGUGAACUGCAAAGCAAAGGAUUGUUUUGCUCUUCACUGGUUUUCUGGGCCCAAUUUUGAUGCACAUAUGCAUCUUCAAUAGGGCUGAAAGCAACUUCAGUGGAGUAAGGUGCUACUCAUUGUGCCUAAGAGUAUAACAAUGUAGCCCUUAGGAUGCAGAAAGACUGUUUCAGUAUUUUAAAAAUUAUACACAUAGCAAUUUAUUUUUACUACGAAGAUUAGGAGGAUUCCAUUUGCCUCACUCCUCUCUCUUUGCUGGAGGACUUUGGCAAGAUCUUUGGAGAAGCUGAGUACUGAAGUCACAAGAGUAAUCCCAGCUACAGUUCUUUCUCCUCCAACUAAGUGGAGAAUGAAAUGCUGGUUCGUAGAUAGAGAUGUGGUGAAUUCUCCCUCACUUCCAGUGUUUAAAUCAUGUCUGGAGAUCUUUCUAAAAGAUAAUGCUCUGGCUCAUACAGAAGUUAAGACCUUGAUGAAGAAAUUGGGUGAAGUUCCAUGGUCUGUGAAAUACAAGUCAGACUAGUUGAUUGUAACUAUCCCGUCUGACUUAAAAUGUAUGAUUCUGUGACUAAUCAUGGAGUAAAAGUUGUGGUCAAAGUAAUGGUGAUGGGGAAAACAAAGCACUGAGGUUGCUGCUUAUUAUGUGUUUGGGGAAAAUGAAGUCUGGGUGAAAUCCUAGCCCUACUGAAGUCAAUGGGAAAACUCCCACUCACUUCAGUAGGAUCAGGAUUCCACCCUCUGUCUUUUGGUAGAUGGAAAUGCUAAAAUUAAAGGCUUUUGACUUUUCCAGUUAAUACAGAACUAGCAAACAAUUUACAUCAAUAAAACGGAAUAAGCUUAGUUCUUCAUCUUUGACAAACUGUUUGUCACCAUUCAUUAGAUAAAUAUGUAGGUCAUUUAUCCAACUAGCUGAAUGUACUGUAUAUCCACUGUACAGGUGUGUUCCUUGCUGCUAUGGGUCAGCACAGAGGCAGCUACAAGGUUUCCUCUUUACCUUGUGUUUUGAGUGCUUGGCAACUUUUCAUGUCAUAACUCUAUAAAUGCAAAAGUGCAAUUGUGUUAACUUGUUACCUAGUUUGCCUUGGGACUACUUAGAUUCACCAUGGUUCAAUGUACAUAGUUGGUCUAAUCCAAAUCCAUAUACUACUUAAUUUGAAAUGAAUGUUCUGGUUUUUAACAUAUUUUUAACGAAGCAGCUGUACAAUGUGAACAGGCUAAAUAUGAAUGCUUGAAGGAUCUUUUAAUAAAGUUUUUGCGUCAAGAGCUCUCUA